AUGGCAGACAUCGCAGAGUCCCUGAAAGAACAAACGAACGAAGAAGCAACCAAUGAUUCUCUUACUCUAAGUGAACUAAAGAGUCUUGUGAAGCAAUUUCCUAACAAAACAAAACCUAAAGAAAUUCUGUUCUCUUAUGCCGAUAGUGAUGAUAUAUCCAAUGAAAUAGAUGAAUUCUACAGCUAUGUUGAAAUCAGCCAAUGCCUUGAUAAUCAAAAAUCUUUUGAAGAAACCUUUGACGAACCCUGGACAAAAUGCACAAUAUCUGAACGCCGCACAUACGUAGAGUAUCUUUUAGAGACGCUUGAAUUAAAAGAUCCUCAACGAAGAUUUUCCUCAGCUCGGAAAAUAUUGUAUAUUGCUCAAGGAACGUUUGGUGAGACAUCGUCACCCGAGGAACAUCUUCGUUGGAUUAAAGAGAAUAAUAAAUUAUUGAGGAAAAGUGGGGCUCUUUUGUCAUAUUUUCAAGCACUUAAAUUAGCUUGCAAUGCUCAUGAUUAUUAUAGUCGUCCAGACCUCAAUAUCGGAACUGGGGAACGGCAAGCUUAUAUUGACGAUACACACGCGGAAAUUGGAUUCUAUCUGACGUUAUUGUAUAUGCUCGUUGAGGUUCACCGUAACGAUGAAACUUUCGGCACAGAAUUAGUUAAGUCCGAUCCACCUAUGGCAGUUUUUCUGUUUGAAGUUAUUGCAUCAUUACGAGAAAAAAAUGCUAAAGGAUAUCCAGUCAAGAAGUUGUUACUUUUGCUUUGGAAAGUCCUUUUAGCGAGUCUAGGAGGAAUCGAUGAAAUCAAUAGACUAAAAGAAAUUGUGAGACAAAUGCAUGGACUGGCUCCUUUACGCGACCGAGGUAGUGAUGCCGAUGCCGUAUUUUGA